AUGUCUUUUGAUGAUGAAGAGCCCAUAAGCCUCUCGAGUCACGCCUUGGCCGCGCUGGCCGAGUUCCACGCCGAAAAGGACGCUCAUGAAAAGACAUUUGAGAAGCUGAGGACCGGCGCCGCUCCGAGAGCCGGAGCCGGACUCGGCGUCGUCGAGCCGGAGGACGAGGACCCUGUCGCGGAGGAUGCGGACGAUCAACCGCUGAGCAUGGCGGCCUUCACAGAGGAUUGGAACGAAUCGCAGUUUUGGUUUCUCGACGAAACAGCCUUUGCUCUGGCCGAUCAGCUCCUCGAUGGCGCAUCGUCAAGCUCGACCAUUGGUGUAGUCUCGACACCGAGUGUUUUUAUUGCCCUCAAGAACCGUCUUAGAUUCUGGCCUAUUCAAGACCGACCUAAGCUGGUCUUGUUCGAACAUGACCAUCGUUUCAGCGUCUUUCCUGAGUUUGUCUUCUAUGACUUCCAGCGACCUCUCCAACUUCCAGCUCAUCUGAAGGGCAGUUUGGAUAGUGUUAUAAUUGACCCUCCAUUCUUCAGCAAUGACUGCCAGACAAAGUUUGCCCUAACAGGCCGCUGGCUCGUCAAGCCAAAGUCGCCUCGUGUGAUUGUCUGCACGGGGGAACGAAUGGCUACCAUUGUUGACAAGCUCUACCGUUCUCUUGGAGUCUAUGCAACAACCUUCGAGCCGGCUCACGCGGGUUUAAGUAACCACUAUUACUGUUACGCCAAUUUCGAGAGUUCAACCUGGGACUGGCGAUCUGAUGAAUCAGAUUAG